GCUACCCCACUCAUCAGCAGUGGCAGUGAUGACUUCCUGGGCUCUCCUGCCAUGGGAAGUAUAUGCCUUAUCAACCUGGCUCAUCAUCCUCCGCACUCCACACUGGCCUUCUCAUUUUCCUUCAUCCUUGUGCUGAAAAUUUUAAUCAGGGUCUGCCAUAUUGUUACGCAGUCCUCCUUCCACAGUCUCUUGCCCCGUAAGAUUUAUUUGCCCUCUCCCUGGUUUACACAUUUCAUCGACCCCUGCCACCCCAUCUGUGCCACUCGAGGCGUUAUUGGCCCUACCAUGCGUCUGGGUGACUAA